AUGUCCUGUCUGAACGGCGUUCACGCCCAGAUAGCAACGUUUUUUUCCGUUCCCCAUGAGAUUCUAUUAUUACAACAUAGGGUUUUUCGUGAAUAUGCCAAAGUAGCCGUUGGUCCGGAUUUUAUUCAUACCUUGCCGUCUUUUUUGAUCUUGGCCGCAAUCACGCUUGUCCUUUGGAAACAUCCACCAAAUUCCAAGUGGUUCUUUCAAACUACGAGCGGAUUUCCGUGGAUCUAUACAACUUUUCAGAUCGUUACUGCUUGGGCAACAAUUGAUAUGAUUUUGUGGACUUGGUUGAUUUUUCAAAGAAUACUUUAUUGCAUGGUUUGGAUUUAUUGGAAUAAUGAAACUGAAUAUCAUGACGCAAUUUAUCCUUGGUGGCAACGAGUUUGGUCCUUGUAUUAUCCACCACCAAUGCAACCACCAGUUCUCUCGGCCGGCCUCAUUAGCUGGAUCAUUUCAAUGUUCUUGUCAGUUUUGGCGUUAGGUUGUGCCAUUUCUACGAGUCGUGUCAAGGCCUUUUUUAAUGAUUUUUCAAUCGUUCUACAAGAUUUGUUUACUAUGGUUAAAAAUUAUAUCGAACAUCUGACGAAGAAGAUACGUGACGUUGCAUUAUCUAGUGAAAGCGACAAAUCGUCUUGCGAUGGUGCAGACGAAAGUGAUAUUAGUUCUCUAUGCGAAGAUUUUCGAUCGGAGCUAUCAAGUGAGAUCAAACAAACAAAACGUCAGCAGGUAUAUCCGAUUUGUUAUGGAACAAACUGGGCACCCAAGCCGAAUUUUAUGAAUUUUGGGAAAGAGGCGCAGAGAAAAGCUUCGAUGAAAUCUGUACAUACCGUAACGGGUGCCACAGAAACCCAACGUGCAGAACAAUUUUCUCCGAGAUGUCACAAACGUGGCUGCCAAACUGCGAUUCCGACCAAUUCGAGUGACAAAUCAAGCGGAUGUUAA